AUGAAGGACGCAAACCAGACAUAUGCGGCCUGUGUGUCUUCAUGCUCUAAGGACACUCAACUAUUCACGUUAAACCUCUUUAAGGAAAGCUCUUUGAAGACAAAGAGUAUAAAGAUGCCUUCAGUGACAGUUGGCAAUAAUGCUGCCCAGUGUUCCACUCCUGACUUGGGGAAUGGAAGUCACACAGAGACCAUGAAGCAGGUUCUUGGAGUUAUUGAUAAGAAGGUUCGCAACAUGGAAAAGAAAAAGUCUAAACUGGACGACUACCAGGCUAAGAAGAACAAAGGGGAAAAACUUAAUCAGGACCAACUGGAUGCCUUGACAAAGUACCAAGAGGUCUUAAACAACCUUGAGUUUGGUCGGGAAUUGCAAAAAAGCUUCAUAAUGUUGGGCCAAGAAGUUCAAAAGGCAGUAAAAAAGUCUGCGCGGAGAGAACAGCUGCUUCGGGAGGAGGCUGAGCAGCAGCGGUUUAAGAGUAUGUUGGAACUGCAGUUUGUGCUGGACCAGUUGGGCGAUGAAACAGUCCGGAGGGACCUGAAGCAACCUGAUGCAUCGGGAUCUCCACUACUGACUGAGGCAGAGCUCUCUUUGCUUGAUGAAUUUUACAAAAUGGUCGGACCUGAAAGGAACCAUGAUGUCAGGUUGAGCGAACAAUAUGAAGAAGCCUCACUACACUGGGGGGAACUACUUGAAGGCAGAGACAAGGCAGUGGCAGGAACAACCUAUAAAUUGUUGAAUGACUCUCUUGAAAAGGUGCUAGCAAGUGGUUAUUUUGACAAAGCACAAAGCCAUCAUAAUGGAACAUGCGAGGAGGCAGACAAACUGGAGCAGACGGUGGAAAUUGAGACCAAAGAAGAAGACUUGUUACCUGUUGUAGAAGGAACAGUGACUGAAGACUGUACAGAACCUAUUCAAGUGGAAACAACUGAGUUUGUUAACAGGCAGUUUAAUUCAGAAGUUGCAUACAGUCCAGAGCAAGUAGAUGAAUGGCAAAUGAAGGCUCAGAUGGUGAACUCAUUACAAUGUCACUCUCCUGCUCCCACUCCUGAGCCAAAUGUUAUUGUGAACCCCAUCAGCCCAUGUCCUCCGCCUGACCCUGUGGUUAGAAAGCAGGCAGUUCAGGACCUGAUGGCCCAGAUGCAAGGAACCUUCAACUUUAUGCAGGAGUCUAUUUUGGAGUUUGAUGGACAGGCCCUGGACCCUGCUAUUGUGUCUGCGCAGCCAAUGAAGCCUGCACAAACGAUGGACUUACAACUAGCACAUGCAGAGGCCAGAGUUUCUCAGACUUGUCCAAUGACCAGUCAACAGGAACCUUCACAAUCCCCUGCCCCCUGCUCUCUGUCCUCUGCCUUUCCACCUGUCUCCGAACCUUCCCACAUUGGUGGCAUCAAUGUCAACGCAGCUCCUUUCCAGUCCGUACAAGCGGUGUUUAACAUGAGUGCCCCGGCGCCCCCUGCUAGGGAGAGUCCAGUGGAAGUCUUGAAACAGGCUAGUCAGUUUCCAGGUGGCUACACACAAAGUUUUGGCCAGCAAGAAAACAAAGACCAGUCUGACAUUACACAACAAACAUUACAGGCAGUUGUUGGUGCUUUUCAAUCCCAAGACCAAGUAUUGUCUUCUGGGGGACACGAAGAACCCUCGGGAGGUGCUGCUUUUGGCCAGGCCGGACAGUUUUACAAUGGCAAAGGUGCACCCAGAGGUGGCCCCCGCAACGGACGGGGUAUGAUGAACGGCUACAGAGGUUCCUCAAAUGGUUUCAGAGGUGGAUAUGAAAACUACCGACCUCCUUUCACAAAUGCUCCAAACAGCAAUUAUGGUCAAACUCAAUUUACUACAUCUCGGGACUUCAAUAGUAGCUACCAGAGGGAGCAAGGCUUCAAACGGGGAGCAGCUCAAGGAUCUCGCGGCCUGCCUCGAGGGAACACACAGGCAUUGCGAUCAUAA